AUGUCCUCAACAUCUGAUGACCAGUCAGAGCGGGCCAGAGGACCUGCUCUGUAUACGAUGGCUAUCGAAGAUGGAUCGAGGAAUAGAAAUAGAUCUCAAAGUCAGGGUAAGAAAACCCAACUUUACACCUUGGUGAAAUAUUUUUUAAGUUAACUGUGAUAGAAAUGGUAAUACAUUGUUAAAAUGGAAAAUCACUUUCAGUUGUUGAGGAGAUGUCUUUUACUGCUUGUUUGUGUUUUCAUUGACUGUUUUUUCCCCACAGUGUUCUGGAUUGGAGCCAUUGCCAUCUGCCUGGUGGUGGUUCUCCUGCUGACCGUGAUCCUGGUAGCAAACAGUGAGUAUUUGUUCAAUAUUGAGCAAAAGAGCACUGAACAAUCCUAGUUGUACGUCCCAAUCACAAAAUUAGAGCUUCCCAUCAUCUUCAUGAGAGCUUUCACAGCUUUAUCACUUCUAAAGCGCAGUUUGGACAGUUCACAUCAUUUUGCUGUCUUUAUAAAUUUGAUAAUUCUCCGCUGAGUUUCAAUGUUGGGAUUUUUUUCUUUUCAGGUGCUCAUUUUAGCAAUCAAUGGGACACCAAAUAUGAAAACCUGAUUUACAACCUCACAAAAGACAGAGCUGUCCUGAGAGAAGAACAGGAAGCUCUGAAACAUAGGUUUGAAGCUCUGAAAGAUAAACAUGACCAACUGAAGACUGACUCUGGCAGUCUGACUGAAGGGACAAACACUUUAAAAGAAGAGCAGGAAGCUCUGAGAAAAGAACGGGAUACACUAAAUAGUGAGCUUCAAGCUCUGAGAGGUGAGCGAGACCAACUGAAGACUUACUCCAUCGAUCUGAAGAAAGAACGAGAUGCCCUGAAAGAUGAGCGAGCGGCUCUGACAGUUGAGCGUAAUGCUCUGGAAGAUGAGAGAAAUCAUCUGAGGAUGCAUACCCUCAACCUAACCCAAGAAAAAAACACUUUGGGUGAUGAGAGGGACAUCCUACGAGAAGAACGAGACCAACUUGAGAUACUGUCCGUCAGCCUCACUCAAGAAAGAGACACACUUAGAGAUGUGCGAGAUACUCUGAGAGAUGAACGAGACAAACUGCGAGAUAAGUGUAGUCAGCUGCAGAAUUCCUCUGACAACCUGAUUAAGGAAAGAGACACAUUCAGAGAUGAGUGCGAUGUUCUUCGAGGUGAGCGAGAUGCCCUGAGAGAUGAAAGAGAUCGACUGAAGUCUCUCUCCAGCAACCUAGAAAAAGAAAAAGAUGCUCUGAAAGAUGAGCGAAAUGCCCUGACGAACGAGCGAGAAGGUCUGAGAGGUGAGCGAGACCAGCUGAGAGUUCAGUCCAGUAAUCUCAGGAAAAGUAUGGAUGCUCUGCAGAGCCAACUCAACUCUAUGAGCGCAAGCCGCAAUCAGCUGCAAGAAGAGGUCAACAGCCUAAAACUCAGAGUAACAGGUAAGAAAUGUAUUUUAAUAAGACAGUAAAAGUGGUUUGGAGUCUCAUUUUGGAGUCAGUGUGGAAGGCAAUUGAUCGUUGAACACUAAAUCUUUUGAUGCAUGCAAGUAGGGCUGGGGGAUAAAAUAAUAUGAUAUAUAUAUCAAAAAUUAAUUUCCCUCAAUAUCAAUAUAAAACAUGGUGAAUAUGCUUUCCAAUAGUCAGCAUUCUGCUAUGUUUUGGUAGACUAUACGAAUAGUCAAUGAAAAGGGAGUUGCUCCAGGUCCACUUCAUGCUGAACCAAUCAUGUGCUGAAUUUGAAGUAGCAAACAACUGCGUAGUAGCAGGCUGCAGCUACAUGCAACCAUAGCACUUUAGCACGAGAAGCCGACAGAACUGUUGGGGGGUGGUACCCCUGGCAGAAAUGCGAAUUAAGUCUCAACAGAUGAUGACAUCAUUGACAACACUGGCACAAAAACGUUGGUGGUGUAGAGGUAUUUUGGUUUUUGAGGUCGGACAUGAAGCAGAGUAAUGUGCAGCGCAAAUUAUGUCGCGAACAUGUUUAUGCAAAGUCAGGGAAUACCUCAAAUCUUUUUCACCACCUGAAGCAGGGCCGCACAGCAGAGCACGUGUAAUGAAAAAGUUUACUAACACCGAGCAGAGCAAGGAGCCCAUGGCGCCUUUGCAGCCAAAACAGCCGACCAUUCAGUCCGCUUUCUUUGACGCAACCCCCUUACGACAAAACGUCAAAGAGACACAAAGACCUCACAGAUGCAGUAGCUUAUUGUAGUAGAAAAGACAUGCUACCAAUAAGCACAGUUGAAUUUCAUUUUUUAUAUUGUGAUAUAUAUAUAUAUAUAUAUAUAUAUAAAUAUAUAUGUCGAUAUCGACUGGUAUAAAAUUAAUAUAUUGUGAUAAACAUUUUCCUAUUCGCCCAGUCCUACAUGCAAGAGUACUUCAUCAAACAAAUAACCAAGACACUGACUGAUAGUGUUAACUGUUUGAAUUUAACUUUCUUGAGGAAGUAGGAAUUUCAAACCCAGUAAAAACUUGCUGCAUUAUAUUGAAGCCAUGGUUCAACACAUUAAAGUUUUUUUUUUCUUGUCAAAUGAAAACAUGAAUAUUAUUAUAUUUUUAAAGCCUAUGAAAAGCCUAUGAAAAGUCCCUUUUCUUUGAUCUGAUAUGUCUUUCCCGAACUCUUAAGAGAGGCCAUUUUUUAAAUCCAUCUGGAGUUGUUGUAGUAAACAACUUAACGACAAAAUCAGUCUUUAUACCAAGUUUAGAACAACAAACUCACCACAUAUACAUUUUUUCUCGCAGUUAAAAAUUGCCCCUCAGGAUGGAGCCUGUUCAACAACCAGUGCUACUAUUUCUCUGGAAGUGGAAAUGGAAAAAGCUGGCAAGAUAGCAGACAAGACUGCUGGAAUAGAGGAGGGGACUUGGCAACGCCAAAAACAAAAUCAGAGCUGACAUUUGUCAGCAAAAGGAACACCUUUACCUGGAUCGGUCUCUCGGACCUGUCACAAGAAGGUGUGUGGCACUGGGUGGACGGGACUAACCUGGAUAAUCAAAGCUUCUGGAAAAAAGGAGAGCCGAAUAACAGUGGGGAUGAGGACUGUGCUGAGGUUGCCGCUGAUACGGUGAAAUUGAAUGAUGCACCUUGUAAUAGACAAUUUUCAUGGGCAUGUCAGAUUUAA